AUGGAUCCUUCGUGCGAAGAGUGCAUCAAGGGCACAAUUCACAAAGGCCAACCUCAGGGCAAGGAAGAAGAGGUUCACGGUCUGAAUACCUACAUAGUUGGCAACUGGACUAACCCACGGGGCAUCAUAGUCGUCUACUUAGACAUUUUUGGCUUACCGCUACCCAACAACAAAUUGAUCGCUGACGCCUACGCCAAAAGCGGGGAAUGGCUUGUCUAUCUCCCAGACUUCUUCAAGGGAGAUCCAGUGCCCCUCAAGACUGCCGAUGUUCUGAUUCCGGUCGAUGCGAAAAAGCAGUCGGCGUUUGCAAAGUAUACAGGCCUCCUCGCAAGGGCGCCGUCGUUGGUCGUGUGGAUGACGAGGCACAAGGAAGGGCCCACCAAUAAGGUCUGCAUGGAUUUCUUGCAGGCAUUGAGGCGCUCGACUCCCCCGAGCCAGAAGAUCGGCAUGGUGGGAUUCUGCUGGGGCGGAAAGUACGCGAUUCGAGCCGGGCUGGAGAGCAAUAUGAUCGAGGUCGAGGGCAAAAAAGUGCCGCUCGUGGACGCCGUGGUGGCCUUGCAUCCGAGCCAUCUGGCCUUUCCGGGUGACGUCGAGGCUUUGGUCGUACCUGUCAGCAUUGGGUGGGGAUUGGAGGAUGUGGGCGUGAAGAUUGAGCAAAAGGGCAAGGUGGAAGACAUCCACGCAAAAGCAAAGGCGGCGGGCAGAAAGUUGCCGGAGAUGGAGCACAAAGUCUAUAAGCCGGGACGACAUGGGUUUGCUGUUAGAGGUAAUCCAGACGAUCCAGAGGAGCGGGCGUGUUUGGAGGACUCGAUGAAGCAAGUUCUGGACUGGUUCGCUCGCUGGCUUUGA